AUGGCGCCGCUAGACGCCAACCCUGAUCUCUCCUCUCCACCACAGGCGGUGGAGGUUGAUAACAUCAGCCCCUUGCCCGACGUCAUAAUCCACCAUAUCUUCUGCUUCUUGCCCUUCAAAGACCUGGUGAAGACCAGCGUGCUGUCCAAGCAAUGGCGUUUGGCUUGGACCUCCACCCCGAACAUCGAUGUCUCGCUCCGCUCAUGGCUUGUCAUUCCAUUGAUCAGCAAAGCACUGAGUCUCUGCACUGCCACUAAGAUAGAGAAGUUCCAUGUGGACUUUUACGUCCGUACUGAAUUCGAUCUGUGGUUCCACUUUGCUGCGGCACGCCAAGUGGAGGACGCUUCGUUGGUCUUUGGAGGCUCCAAUCGUGUCGUACCACAAUUCAUGUGCGAUUGCACGUCGCUGGUGAGCUUGCGAAUAUCGAAGGCUACUUUUCCACCGGAUUUUACCAUCCACUGGCCUUCACUUAAGAAAUUGUGCCUUCACGACUUUAUUUUCGAUUACUUUCCCUCGGAGAAGGAUGUGAUUAUGAAAAUCAUGAGGGGGUGCCCUGUUCUUGAAUCUUUUACAUUGCGUUCCUCCUGGCUCGAAGCUCGCGACAUCUGGAUUGAUUCAAGAUCUCUAAGAGAGUUGGUGAUUGAAGCGGAUAUUUCUUCGUCGCUCAUUCUUUCAGCUCCGAAUCUGCUUUCAUUGUGUUUGUCAGGUUCUAUCAAGAACGGGGAUAAAGGGACGGCCGUACCUGUCAUCGAGAUGGCGAAAUAUUGUGGUGUAUACUACAUUCAGGAAAAAGAUUUUCCAAAGCUCUGCAACUUUGUUGAAAAGCAAUUUGGGUGCUCACGGAAGGAUUUCCCUUGUGUGGCAAAUCAGCUCAAAAGGGUUGAAAUUGUCGGGUUCGAAUUCAACAAUGAGAAAUCAAAACUUUUGCGUGCCUUAUCUAAGUUUCUUCUCGAGGAGACAGUUGAAUUGGAGAAGAUAGACAAUCCGUGCUGA